GUAAAAGCUGAAGUAGCUAAAAGUGUCCUCCAUGCCAAGGAUUACCUGGUCACCAUAUGGAUGGCCGGAUCGAUUUGGCACGUGGCGUGAACAUUGCAGCAAGAAGAGGUUCGAGGUGGACGAUCGUCCAAAGCACGUGACCGGCUCCAAUAAAGUUCGAACAAGUCAUCGCACGCGACAAACUCGCCUUUCAAAUCCGGAAAACCCGCCCACGUUUGUCUUUGGCCCGUCGCGCGUCAGGCGCGUUGUGAUUGGACGCAGCGGCCUGUCAAUAACGCGUCGCUGCCAUUCCUUCCGCUCAGCUCGAGCUGAAGAGAAGACUUCGUGCAGAUGUGCCUCAGCAUGGGCUGUCUGCGCGAACCCUCUCAAUCCUAACUUUUAUCAACAGGGCGUAAUUAUACUUCGGCGAAAGAAGACUACUCAUAAAUGGACAGCGUAAUACCAUAAUUACAUUCCGAAGCGAUACGUGGUUUAAAGUCAUCUUAGAAUUCAUCUUUUUUGUUUGUUUUUUCUUGUUUUUGAACAAGAGGGAAAAUGCCUGUAGCAACUCUAUUGCCGUUCACGGCGACUCCGAGUAGGAAGUCUGCCAGCCCGACAUCCUUUAGACUCACAGAGAAAUUCAUUUUACUUUUAGUUUUUAGUGGGUUUAUCACUCUCUGUUUCGGGGCAAUCUUCUUCUUGCCGGACUCGUCCAAGCUGCUUAGCGGAGUCUUCUUCCACUCGUCCUCCGUGGAAAGCGACACCCGAACGGGCACCGAUAGUGACUCCAGCAUCGGGAUGGUGGACGACAAGAUCCUCUCUAAGAUACGGAAGGACCACGAGAAGGCACUGAUCGAAGCCAAAGAAACGCUGCAGAAACGGCCCGACGAGAUAAAGGACGACAUUAAAAACGAAAAGGCGAAACUUAGCAAGAAUGUCCUGGUGAAAACGGGGAAAGGCGACAGCCUCCCUGUCAUCAAAUAUAUACAGCCCCCCGGAGCAACAGGGCACGAGCCUUCGGAUCCAGACACCCGAGAGAAAAGGGCGAAGAUCAAGGAGAUGAUGAAGUUCGCCUGGGAGAAAUAUAAGCAGUUUGCCUGGGGCUCCAAUGAGCUCCGGCCGGUGUCCAAACAGAGCCACUCCAGCAAUCUGUUUGGAAACAUCCAGGGAGCGACCAUCGUGGAUGCCCUCGACACGCUGUACAUCUUGGAGAUGUACCGAGAGUUUGAGGAAGCUACAGAGUGGGUUGAGAAGAACCUGGACUUCAAUGUGAAUGGUGAGGUCUCCGUCUUCGAGGUCAACAUCCGCUUUGUCGGCGGGCUGCUGUCUGCAUACUACCUGUCUGGGAAAGAGGUAUACAGGAAGAAGGCAGUAGAGCUGGGGGAGAAACUUCUGCCAGCCUUCAAGACCCCCACUGGCAUCCCCUGGGCGCUCCUGAACAUGAAGAGCGGCGUGGGCAGGAACUGGCCCUGGGCCUCAGGCGGAAGCAGCAUCCUGGCCGAAUACGGGACGCUACACCUGGAGUUCAUGCACCUCAGCCGUCUGUCGGGGAACCCCGUGUUUGCAGAGAAGGUCAUGAACAUCCGCAAGGUGCUGAACAGGCUGGACAAGCCCCAAGGCCUCUAUCCCAACUACCUGAACCCCAACAGCGGCCAGUGGGGGCAGCAUCACGUGUCCGUGGGCGGCCUGGGGGACAGUUUCUAUGAGUACCUGCUGAAGGCCUGGCUCAUGUCUGACAAGACGGACGAGGAGGGCAGGAAGCUCUAUUAUGACGCUCUGCAGGCCAUCGAGACGAACCUGAUCCGGAAGUCGAGCGGGGGGCUCACCUACAUCGCUGAGUGGAAGGGGGGACUGCUGGAGCACAAGAUGGGCCACCUCACCUGCUUUGCGGGGGGCAUGUUCGCCCUAGGGGCCGACGGGGCCCCCAAUGACAAGACCGGCCACCAGAUGGAGCUAGCAGCUGAGAUCACACGCACAUGCCAUGAGUCAUACGCUCGCACCGGGCUGAAGCUGGGGCCUGAGGCGUUCCGCUUCGACGGUGGAGUGGAGGCCAUCGCCACACGGCAGAACGAGAAGUACUACAUCCUGCGGCCUGAGGUGAUCGAAACCUACAUGUACAUGUGGCGCUUCACCCACGACCCCAAGUACAGGGAGUGGGGCUGGGAGGCUGUACAGGCCCUGGAGCAGCACUGCAAGGUAGAGGGAGGAUACAGCGGCGUGCGUGACGUCUACAGCAACCGGCCAAACCACGAUGACGUACAGCAGAGCUUCUUCCUGGCAGAGACACUCAAGUACCUCUAUCUGCUCUUCUCAGAGGAUGACCACUUGCCCUUCGAGCACUGGGUGUUCAACACCGAAGCCCACCCACUGCCCAUCAUCAGACGGGAGAAGACCGACAAGCCUAACCCGAUGGAGUAACCCACCCCCCCCCCACCCCCUAAAAAAUGAGCCAAGCCCGGAACUCCAACAUUUCUGCCUUGCUACCCCCGCCUGCACCUAACUCCCUGUGGCCUCCACCUCCCCGCAGUGGCGCCGGACCCAUGUCCACAUUUUGCCACUCAGUGAUUGGCUCACUUCACAUCAGCCCUGCCAUUUCUGCUUCCAAUACAGAGGAACCUCCGCAUUCUCACGAGUGCUCGCAUCAUCACCUUACUUCAGAGAACGCAGGCUGCAUGCUGCCCCUAUCACCAUUGCACCGCCCCCCCCCCCCCCCCGCCUGCCCUCCCCUCCAGGGGGGGCACAAUGGAUAACCCUCCUCUGUGAGGAGAACUGGAUGCUUUUUCGCUGUAAAGAUUCACCGUCACAGAAAAGCCAUACAGAAGUGAAGAGAAAGCUUUAUCAUAUUCAGAGACGAAGCCCGUCUGUCAGUGUGUGCUCUGUCUUUGUUCUGCUCAUGUAGAUGUUACUGGGUCACUUAGAAAGGUCUUGCUUUGCUAAGGCAACAUGGGGAUCUGUUUUAAUACCGAUAUUUAAUGUUCAGCUGUUAUAUCCAGUCAGAUUAAGAUAGUGCCUUUAGUGUAAAAUGGUGUGUAAAAUAAGCAGUUAUACAAAUCAUGAGCAUUUUAAUUUAUUUCUGGCAGAGUUUAUGUACGUGUAAUCGAUGCUUUUGAGUUUGUCGAUGCCAUCGCCUAGACCACACUACCAUCUGCUGGUCACAGCCGCGUGGUUCCGUCGUCGAGUGGCGUGUAUACAGACUCUAGGCAUAUUUGAUCAAUGUCUCCCCGUAAAAACGGAUUGAGUGGACCUGUGUCAACUUCCCAUUAAAUUGACCAAACACAUUUAAGACCUUUCUUUUAUUUGGUCUUGGGUCUUGUACCUUUUUGUGUUUUUUUUUUUUUUUUCUUUUCUCUGUUUAGAGUAGCAGAUAAAUAUCGCAGGGUUUGUGGAACAGGUGAAUUUUGUGAAUUGUUAUAUAUUAUUAUUUUAAACCAAAUGGCUUUUCUCGGCCCGGGGUUUCCCGCGGUGAUCACCACGGAAACCACACAGCACUUGCUUGUUGCUGAUGAGCGACUGAGUCCAUCGGCGAACGAGUCCUAUGAAUGUACCAUCAAAUGUGAAGCUAAUUUGCCCUCCAUGCUUUACUUUUUGUCCUCCUUUUUUUCCUGGAAAGCACAAAGCGAUGAAACGGCACGUCCGUGUAGAUCUGCAAGGGAAGGAGAGGCCCCCCCCAAGGGCAUAAAAGAAAAGAUGCAAGAACAUUGGAAUAUCUGGCAUUCUCUAUCCUGGUCUGGCAUCUCCUGCUGGGCCGCUCAGCCCUUUUGCACUGGAUAAUGUACACAUCAUACUUAUUAUAAUUAUAUCAUUAUUUAGUUUUAAUUGGUUUUCUUUAAUCCUCAUGGGGGGGGUACACUGCGGCUCUGCUUUCCCAGGCGUGACGCGCACAGCCAGUCCUGGACCUCCUGUCGUCGGAAACGGAUCCACGGCCCUUUUCCAUCUCGGCCGUGUGGACCACGAGCCGCGCCCUGUUCAUUGUAAGGCCUGACAGGAGGCCAGGCGUCCGUGGGGUUUACGGGAAAUUCCGCAAGACUGAGCGUGCUCCAAAAGUUACAAAAGAAUCAAUAAUAAACGCUAAUGCCGAAUAAUUAUUUGUUUGGACUGCAGAGCGUUUUUAACAUGACAUUAGUGUUGAGGUCCCUCACCUGCUACGCUAUAUUGAUACAUUAGGGGAGGAACCACAAGCGAUUCGGACUGAGGGAAACAGACCCAGUGGUCGACCAGCCGAUCUACCUUUGCUAAUCCGUUAGCACCGGCGUUCCUGCGUUCAGGAGCUGUGACGUUUACUUUUGUGGAGGCAGAUAGGCCUCAGCAGAAUGAGGAGCUAGUUUUAAGUGUAAUACUGGGGAUUCUAAAAGUGUGACACGUACAAUGGCCUGUCCUUUCCUUGCGUCCUUCCAGUCUGCAGACUAGAAGAUCCGCGACGUGCUGAUGAUCUUGCGUUCCAAUGCCUUUUACCCGUGACACUCUUGUCGUUGGAUUUGUUGAGAUAAGAAACCUCAAGAAGUGACUGUACUUUACUGUAGAUAAUCAUUCCAUUGCACAUAUUUUAUUUUCAAUUUUAUGCAAUUAAUUUUAUUGGGAGACUUCUGUUUGUUUUGUGGUUUUAAAAUGUAAAUAUUCAGUACGGCAAGUAUGCCAUUCUCUACAUUUAUAUAAAUCUAAGAACUUAUGGAAUAAAUGAUUAAUGAGCAGCAAAAUUUUUAAUAAAUUAUAUUUGUUACACUUCUAUUGGGAAUAAAAACAAAUUUCUAUA